UUAAUGUUCGCAUGUACAACUAAUUCAAUUGUGUAAUCAAUCAUAUUUGUUUGUAUGCAUGCAUGCAUGUACUUAUGUUUACAUAUAUAAUGGAAACAAAAUCCUCUCUCAGUCUUAAUUUGAAGAAAUGGAGCAAAAUGAUCAACACAACAAGCUAACCAGAACGCAAACGGAUGGCCAAGAAGAAGGUGAAAGCAAUAUUGAAGAAUACCUCAACUCUUUUCCUGUUGGAGUUCGAUUCUUCCCCAGCGAUGAAGAGCUGAUUGAACAAUUCUUGAAGAAAAAGGUUAUGAAUCAACCCAUUUUCCCUAAAAUCAUUCAGCCAGUUAAUAUCUACCAACAUAAUCCUCAACAACUCACUGGUAAUUACGAGCACUUUGACUUCAUUUAAUUUCUUCUUUUUUCCCAUUCAUAAUUUAAUUUAAAAUUUUUAAUCGAGUUUAUUUUAAUAUAAAUAUAUAGCAAAGUAAUUAAAUUUUACAUGUGUGAGCUUAAGCCUUAAGGAAAGACUUACUGCUACUAUCGUUUUUGUUAGGGAUGUACAAGCCACUUACUGAAACGGAGUGGUAUUUUUUCGCUCGUAGAGAUCGAAAGUACCCCAAAGGAUAUAGGCUGAAUCCUGCUACUCCUGAAGGAUUUUGGAAGAAGAAUUGUAAAAAAACUAUCACUUUAGACUCUAAAAAUGACCCUAUUGGAUACAGGGAGUUCUAUGCUUUCUUUGAAAUGGAGAAUCAACAAGUAAGAAGUACGGAUUGGAGAAUGCAUGAAUAUAGUAUUCACAACAAGAUUUCACCUACAAACCAGGAAAGUGCUGCUGGGAAUGGCUUCCAGCUUGAUGAAUGGGUUUUGUGUAGGAUAUACAAGAAGAAAGAUAAGAAUAUGGAGGAGGAAGACAAUGAAACUUUGAAUCCAAAAUUGGCUCAGGGUCAUGAUUUGUUUGACGAUUAUUUGCAACUCACAGCUAAUAACCCUUUUCCUUAUCAAAAAAUCAAUGGUUGCUUUGAUGAUUUAGAGGAAGUUGAUUUGUGGUCCAUGUAGACAGUUCAGCAAAGAGAAAUAAAUAAUUGAUUUAUGGUGUAUAUACGAA